UUUGUUUCAGUCAAUGUUGUUAAUUUUUACGUCGUAUUAUUUCCAAUAAGGUUUUCGUCAGUAUUGUUCCGUUUAGCUUGGCUUAACAGUGAAUUUGGGGGCUUGAAAGUGUAACAAAGUGAUAUAUUUCGCUGUGUAUUUCGCUCUAACUUGUAUCGAUCCUGGUUAGAUACUAGAAAUAAUUCAUUUUAGUUAAAAAUAAACGUUUGAAGACAACGAUUUGUGAUAUUUUCGUCUUCUGGUUGUGACAAUGUGUUCUAGAGGAGUGAAUUUGGACUUGGAAUUAGAGGUAGUGAACGAAGUAGUGAAUUCACCAAAUUUUUUGACAGUUAACUCUUUCGUAGACGGAGAUAGAUCAGGAAAUGAGAGUCCAUCUUCGUUUGCUGGCGGUGCUUUCCCCGAGACAGAACCAGAACUACCCAACGAAAUAUCAGCUCCAUAUGAAGUACCGCAAUUUCCCAUCGAACAAAUUGAGAAAAAGUUGCAGAUUCAAAGGCAGUUGAAUACCAAAGUUCUAGAAGAUAGAAAGACGCACUAUGAACCUUCAGUAUCAGGAGCUCCAGAAGUGGAGGAUUUGGACGAGCAUGACCUUUACGUGCCGCAUUUCCAAAGAGUUUCGAUAUCAGGGGAGGAUACAAGUGGCGUUCCUUUGGAAGAUCUGGAAAGAGCCGCCAAACUCCUCAUACAGGCUCUGAAAAUCCGGAAGCGAUACAUGAAGAUGUCACAUCAAUCGUUUUCUUCCACGGCUGCCAGAUUUUUGGACCCCGAGAAGGAGCAAGAACAACACGAUGACAAGCAGACUAUUGAAGAUGAAGCGUACGUUGAGCUGUUGAAACGUGCGGCGAGGUCGUCGUUUGAUGACGUCGUUUUAUCGACGCUGAAUCGAGAAAACAUCGAAAUGUUCAGGAGAGUUUUAGCUACCGAUUUGAGUUUCUUCCCAGAACAUGGAAUUCAUCAUCCGCCGACGACCAAACCCUGGGAAGCCCCGGAAAUUCCAGAUACUCCGGAAGUAUUCGUUCACAAAGGCGGUAUUUAUAAUGUUUACGCCAACGAAGAAGCUGUCAAAAAUGAGACUGCUUACAACUACCCUUAUCCAGACGUCAUACAAUUUACUACAGAUUUCUAUAAUAUGUGCAAUAUGAUUGCUGACGGACCUCUGAAAUCCUUCUGUUACCGGCGUCUUAGCUAUCUCUCUUCUAAGUUUCAACUCCAUGUUUUACUUAAUGAACUGAGAGAACUAGCCUCUCAGAAGGCAGUACCUCACAGGGACUUCUACAACAUCAGAAAGGUUGAUACUCACAUCCACGCAGCUUCCUGCAUGAACCAGAAGCAUUUGCUUCGGUUUAUCAAGAAAACUUUAAAGAAUAAUGCUGAUGAAGAAGUGACAGGAGUCGGUGGAAAAACCAUGACGUUGAAAGAAGUUUUUCAGUCAAUGAGUUUAACACCAUUUGAUCUCACGGUUGACAUGUUGGACGUCCACGCAGAUAGGAACACUUUCCAUAGAUUUGACAAGUUCAACGCCAAAUACAAUCCCAUUGGUGAAAGCAGACUGAGAGAAGUAUUUUUGAAAACUGAUAAUUUCAUCAAGGGAAAAUAUUUUGCGAGUAUUAUAAAAGAAGUGUCGAGCGAUUUAGAAGAAUCUAAAUACCAAAAUGUCGAACUAAGGCUGAGCAUUUACGGAAAGAGUAAAGACGAAUGGGACAAAUUAGCAGCUUGGGCAAUAGAUUCCAAUGUCUAUUCUGACAAUGUACGCUGGUUGAUUCAAACACCUAGACUUUUCGACAUCUUUAAGCUCAACAAGGUUCUCACCAACUUCCAACAAGUUAUCGACAACAUCUUUUUACCGUUGUUUGAAGUUACGGCACGACCAAGCUCCCAUCCCAAUCUUCACAAGUUUCUUCAGUAUGUCAUUGGUUUUGACUCAGUCGACGACGAAAGUAAACCAGAAAAGAACCCAUUGUUCGACAAAGACACUCCUAAACCUGAGGACUGGAAUGACACAGAGAAUCCGAACUACGCCUAUUACAUGUAUUACAUGUACGCGAACUUGACGGUCUUAAAUCAUUUUAGAGCUGAGAAAGGUCUUCCUACUUUUGUCAUGAGGCCUCAUUGUGGCGAAGCUGGUCCUGUGCAGCAUCUGGUUUGUGGUUAUAUGCUCUCAGAAAACAUAUCCCACGGUCUCCUCUUAAGGAAAGUACCUGUGCUUCAGUACUUGUACUACCUAACCCAAAUUGGCAUAGCCAUGUCACCUCUCUCAAACAACAGCUUGUUCCUAAACUAUCACAGGAAUCCUCUACCGGAAUACUUAGCUAGAGGUUUGUGUGUUUCUUUAUCAACUGAUGAUCCUCUUCAAUUUCACUUCACCAAAGAACCUUUGAUGGAGGAAUAUUCUAUCGCAGCUCAGGUUUGGAAGUUGUCUAGUUGUGACAUGUGCGAAUUAGCAAGAAACAGCGUUUUGAUGUCUGGGUUUCCUCAUAAAACCAAGCAGUACUGGUUGGGACCUAACUACACCAAAGAAGGUGUUGCUGGGAAUGAUAUUGCCAGAACCAAUGUUCCUGAUAUUAGGGUGGCGUUUCGAUAUGAAACUCUUAUCGAUGAAUUGUCAAAUAUUUUUAAAAAUUUUAAUUUAGAAUUGGAGUACAGGGAUCAACAAAAGUGAGCCUGUAAAGUAGUUUAGUGGAAGGUCAGUCAAUACAAUUUAUCGAUUUAUAGUAUCGUAGGGAUAUUUUUUGUUGAUUUAAGGAAGACAAUUUUUUUAACAUGAUUAUCAGAUAUUUGUGAUGUUUGCAGUUCUACUUACCAUCUGUAGUGAUGUAGAUGGUUUAUUAUUGUUUUCUGCAGUAUUUUUUUAUUAAAGCUUUGUUUUUUGCUUUAAAUUUGCAACCAAAAAACUGAGUCUACGAAAAAGGAAACAGAACACAGACGAAAAAAAUACCAAUUUUAGUACUAUAACAGAUACAGAUGUCUUCCUUAAAAAAAUUGCAUGUUAUAUUUAUAAAUAAUUACAAUAACAUCAAUCGAGUGAAACACUUUAUACUUAAAAAAAUAUUUAAUAAUUUUACAAAAUAAUUUUAAAAAACUUUUUAAGUUAUUUCAGAAUUACGAGUAUAUCAUAAAAUAUAUUUUAUUCUUUGUUUAUAAGCUUAUAAUAUUAACUCCCAUCAACUAUA